AUGGCUUCAUUGGCUCCCGUUCGACCACCCUCUGCUACUUCCAACCGAUCGACCACCCCUUCCUCUCAACAGAAUAACGUCUUCCGUCAUCAACACUCUCUCUCCUCAUCAACGCCUUCCAAUCAACACUUUGGUGCCCUCUCCCCCCGCUAUGGCCCGCCUCGAAGUGCUGGUGGGAUGAGGCAGAGCUUGGAUAACACCAAACAGUUCCUUGGAAACCCCCCUGUCAGUCCUCGCCUUCCUCCCGGCUCGGCAGGUCACAACAUUCGCCCGAACAGUGAGAUGCUCGGAUUGAGUGGCCAACAACAGCUCCACGGCGCCCCUUCUCUAGAAGCCGAAGCCAUCGACAAGUGGUUUGAGGACUUACAAAGCUACGAAGCCACGCUUGAAGAAAUGGCUACUGCUAGUCUGGAUGCUAGCUUCAAGGAAGAGCUAAGCGCGAUCGAGCAAUGGUUCCGCGUCCUCAGUGAAGCUGAGAGAACCGCAGCUCUAUACUCUUUGUUGCAAUCGUCCACUCAAGUUCAAAUACGAUUCUUCAUCACCGUCUUGCAACAAAUGGCCCGCAGUGACCCGAUGACUGCCCUAUUAAGCCCCGCGCCGACGGGUAACGGUGUGUCCAUGAAGCAGCAGAUGGAAGCCAAACUGGCUCAACUAAGCAAGAUGUCGCCUGCGUCUCCUAUCGUUCGCCAAUUUGCCCGUCAGUCACUCGGCCCCAACGUCAACACUUCUUCGAACGAGCCUUAUCUUAGCCCCAAUUCAGCACUCCUCGGCGAUUCCAAUAAUUUCAACGCCAGCUCAAACGAUGCAGCAGCUCUGCUCGCUAGUCAGCGUGCUAAGCUCCAGUCUAAAGCAGCUAACCGACUAUCUGCCCCCGGGCAGCUGCUAGGCGACAGCAGUUUGAAGAGCCCCAAGUGGAGCCAUUUUUCAGGAACAGUCGAAGAAGAAGCACAGAGCCGUUCGGUAAGCCCAAGACCGAAAAGCACCAGUGGCGAAGCCAACUCGUCAGCCAAUCAACAUAAUCCACCUGCUCCGACCCUUUCCCGCACCUUGCCUUCGCCUUCGGCACAAGAAAGCCAAAUGAGUCCGGCCGUGGGCGGCAGUUGGGCCAGUCAAGUCAACACCCCUUUGGUUCCUAUGUUCGCUAACAAGGAACCAGCCCACAGCCAUCACGAAGCCCAUCAAGCUCACAGCGAGGCCGUUGCGAAUCGUCUGGCCCAAUGGGGUGCCAACCACCAAGCCGGCUCAAACAGCGCUUCAUUACCAGCUUCUGCAUUGGCACCUUCGAAGGCUCGCGGUUCAGUGGAUGCCCCACCAAGUGGUAUUCAACUGGACGAUGCACGCAAAUUCCGCAGAGCUAGCAAGAGUAACGCCACCAACGCUUCGUCCGGUUUUUCGGGUGUCUUGUCCGGUAUGAAUAGCUCGACAAACAGCAAUGCCCAAGCUUCAAACCAGUCUGCUAGCAACCACCAACCGAACGGCCAAUCGGGAAUGUUGAGUCGCACGCUGCCCUCGACCAAUAACUCCAAUGCGCACCUUUCAUCGGCGAUGAGCGCAAGCAGUGGACCUGCUUUACCCAACCUUAUCUCUGCGCAAUCAUUAUUAGGAGCAUCACAGACUUCUAUGGCGGCUUCUCAACCGAACUGGAGAAACGGAUUGAAUAGCCCAAACACCCAAUCUUUGAACAGUCCCGAUCCGACCAUGGUUAACAAUCUAGCUAUGAUGAACACACUUGCUGGCUUGAAUGGUGGAAUGGACAUGAACUCCAUUGCGAAUCUGGCUGCCAUGACGAACAUGUCCGAUCCCAACGCCCUCCAGAACAUGGCAAACAUGCUCAACAUGCGACAACAAAUCCAACAGGUUCAACAAGUCCAAAGCUUGCAGGCGUUGCAACAACAGUUGCAGCAGAACGGAAUGAUUGCAGGUAUGAUGAACACAGCCCCGCUUCUCUCGCCUGCCAACAACGCAAGGUUUGGCCUAAACAUGGGCUUCCCGAUGAAUGGUGGCGGGAUGGCUGGGAACAAACGCAGUCCGGGAAUGGGUGCCCGGCCGGUAGCGACGGCGAACAAACCGAACCAUACGCCCGGUUCAGGAGCGAAUCCCGACGAAGAGUUGGACAUGAAGCUACUCGGCGAUGUGUCGGCGUGGUUAAGGGGCUUGAGGCUGCACAAAUACACGCCCAACUUCGAAGGUUGCACGUGGAAGGAGAUGGUGAUGAUGGGUGACUCGGACCUCGAAAAUCGUGGAGUGGCCGCCGUGGGUGCCCGUCGAAAGAUGCUCAGGACCUUCGAGACCGUCCGAUUGAAGACCGGAAUGGCCCUACCCGGUGACGGUGAUGGAGCCCGCGACGCCAAUGGCGAUCGCAUCGAUUCGACGGCCGCAAACGUCGAUAAGGUUGAGGAAGAAGAGCAUCAGACUCAGCCUACUAGCAACCUCUCAGUGACUCCUGAAAGCGACCAAUGA